ACCAACACAAUGAGGUAGGCUAUGACAAAUCUUGAACAGGAACAAUGCAUAGCGUCAAUUCACAAGUAGAUUGUCUUGCGUAUAGCGUAUGUAGGUACCCUGUGACCUAAUGUCUAAUUUAGUGAAACCAACAUUUUAGUGUGCUUCGGACAAAAUAGAUAAUACGCUAUGUAGCUCAUUCGGAUUUCUGCUGUCCUGUCCAGUCUAAAGUUCAGUGCAGCAAUGUCCGGAGAGAACAACAGCAAGAAAAUGAAUGAUGUUUGUAGAAUGAACCAACAUGGACCAGCCAAGUUUCAUUGACAACAAUAAGCCCAAAAACCCCUAAUGUUAACAGUUCUCCCAAGAAUGGACAGUGGAUCACAACAAGCAUUAACUGAAGAAUGGCAAGGUUUAGACGAAGAUCUUGCUCCACAUUUAUUGGUUUGGUGUUGCUCAUAUUCAUAGUAACAGUUGUUUUAAAGUCCUUUACACCAGAAUAUUCUCCAUUUGUAAGCAUCUUUGGUCCCGAAUUGUUCCCUAAUAUCAAAGGACCUGGAAAAAAUGACAUUCAAAUCCUUGGUAAUAUUGACAGUGUCGUCCCUGAAGCACUGACCAAAAUGAUUGACAUAGACUCUGAGAGGGUCAAGAACGUAGAGGCUGCCCUCAGGCAAUUCCCUGCUCCAAACUACAAUAUUCAUGCCUUUUACUACACAUGGUAUGGCAACACACAGUUUGAUGGAAAGUACAUUCACUGGGACCACCCUCUUCUGCCACACUGGGAUUCAAAGGUGGCAGCAGGAUACCCAAGAGGGAGACACAGCCCACCAGAUGACAUUGGGGCUAACUUCUAUCCUGCUUUAGGAGCUUAUAGUUCCAGGGACCCCUCUGUUAUUGAAGCUCACAUGAAGCAACUGCGAGCUGGAGCUAUUGGUGUUCUUGCUGUUUCCUGGUAUCCACCUGGCAUGAAGGAUGAAAACGGUGAGCCAACAGAUGACAUUGUGCCUUUGAUACUGGAGGUGGCACAUGCAUAUCAUGUAAAGGUUGCUUUUCACAUUGAACCAUACAAAGGAAGAGAUGAAACAAGUAUGUUUAACAAUGUCAAGUACAUCAUAGAGAAAUAUGGUGAGCACCCUGCAUUCUACAGGCAUAGAACAAACACUGGCAAGUUUCUUCCUCUAUUCUACGUCUACGAUUCCUAUCUACUCAACUCAGAACAGUGGGCAAAACUCCUUAAACACACCAAAAGCAGUAGCAUUAGAGAUACUCCCUAUGAUGGUAUCUUCAUAGCCCUUCUUGUUGAAGAGAAACACAAGAGGGAUAUCGUCACGGCAGGUUUCGACGGAGUCUACACUUAUUUUGCCACUAAUGGGUUUUCCUAUGGCUCCACUCACCGCAAUUGGGAGUCCAUUAAAACAUUCUGUGAAGACAACAACCUGUUGUUCAUUCCGAGUGUGGGGCCAGGUUAUAUUGACACCAGUAUUAGGCCUUGGAAUUUCCAGAAUACACGCAACCGCAUUAAUGGGAAGUACUAUGAAAUGGCCCUGAGUGCAGCCCUAGAAGCAGGAGCUGAUAUUAUAUCUAUAACAUCAUUUAAUGAAUGGCAUGAGGGAACCCAGAUUGAGAUGGCAAUUCCAAAAACAAGCCAGACUGUGUACCUAGACUACUUACCACACAAGCCUGUUGUCUAUUUAGAGGUAACUCGCAAAUGGGCAGCAAUAUUUAGCAAUGAAAGGAAGAGAUGGCUAGAAUGAUACAAAAAGUAAGGGCCUAACAUUAAAUCUGUCCAGAAAUUGUCUUACACAAUAUAGAUUAUAGAAUUUGACGACAAUAGUGCAUGUGACAGAAACCUAUAUUUACUCUUUGUCCUGUAUGGUAACAUUAUCAUGGUUUUACAGAUUAACUAAUGAAAGGGCAGCCUUGAAUUGUGUGGUAUUUGUCCUGCUUUAUAUGAUUAUAAUGAUUUGUACUUUAAUGAAUAACUGUUAUAUUUGGGCAAUUAUACAGUGAGGGGAAAAAAGUAUUUGAUCCCCUGCUGAUUUUGUACGUUGCCCACUGACAAAGAAAUUAUCAGUCUAUAAUUUUAAUGGUAGGUUUUAUUUUUCAGUGAGAGAGAGAAUAACCACAAAAAAAUCCAGAAUAACGCAUGUCAAAAAUGCUAUAAAUUGAUGUGCAUUUUAUUGAGGGAAAUAAGUAUUUGACCCCUCUGCAAAACAUGACUUAGUAUUUGGUGGCAACACCCUUGUUGGCAAUCACAGAGGUCGGACGUUUCUUGUAGUUGGCCACCAGGUUUGCAUACAUCUCAGGAGGGAUUUUGUCACACUCCUCUUUUCAGAUCUUCUCCUGACGUUUGGCAACUCGAACCUUCAGCUCCCUCCACAGAUUUUCUAUGGGAUUAAGGUCUGGAGACUGGCUAGGCCACUCCAGGACCUUAAUGUGCUUCUUCUUGAGCCACUCCUUUGUUGCCUUGGCCGUGUGUUUUGGGUCAUUAUCAUGCUGGAAUACCCAUCCACGACCCAUUUUCAAUGCCCUGGCUGAGGGAAGGAGGUUCUCACCCAAGAUUUGAUAGUACAUGGCCCCGUCCAUCGUCCCGUUGAUGCGGUGAAGUUGUCCUGUCCCCUUAGCAGAAAAACACCCCCAAAGCAUAAUGUUUCCACCUACAUGUUUGACGGUGGGGAUGGUGUUCUCGGGGUCAUAGGCAGCAUUCCUCCUCCUCCAAACAUGGUGAGUUGAGUUGAUGCCAAAGAGCUCCAUUUUGGUCUCAUCUGACCACAACACUUCCACCCAGUUGUCCUCGGAAUCUUUCAGAUGUUCAUUGGCAAACUUCAGACGGGCAUGUAUAUGUGCUUUCUUGGGCAGGGGGACCUUGCGGGCGCUGCAGGAUUUCAGUCCUUCACGGCGUAGUGUGUUACCAAUUGUUUUCUUGGUGACUAUGGUCCCAGCUGCCUUGAGAUCAUUGACAAGAUCCUCCCGUGUAGUUCUGGGAUGAUUCCUCACCAUUCUCAUGAUCAUUGCAACUCCACGAGGUGAGAUUUUUCAUGGAGCCCCAGGCUGAGGGAGAUUGACAGUUAUUUUGUGUUUCUUCCGUUUGCGAAUAUUUGCACCAACUGUUAUCACCUUCUCACCAAGCUGCUUGGCGAUGGUCUUGUAGCCCAUGUGUAGCCUUGUGUAGGUCUACAAUCUUGUCCCUGACAUCCUUGGAGAGCGCUUUGGUCUUGGCCAUGUUGGAGAGUUUGGAAUCUGAUUGAUUGAUUGCUUCUGUGGACAGGUGUCUUUUAUACAGGUAACAGACAGCACUCCCUUUAAGAGUGUGCUCCUAAUCUCAGCUCGUUACCUGUAUAAAAGACACCUGGGAGCUAGAAAUCUUUCUGAUUGAGAGUGGGUCAAAUACUUAUUUCCCUCAUUAAAAUGCAAAUCAAAAAUUUUGUCAUGCGUUUUUCUGGAUAUUUUUGUUAUGCUGUCUCUCACUGUUCAAAUAAACCUACCAUUAAAAUUAUAGACUGAUCAUUUCUUUGUCAGUGGGCGGGCAAACGUACAAAAUCAGCAGGGGAUCAAAUACUUUCCCCCCUCACUGUAGGUAGGGGCUACCCAGAUUUAAACCCCUUCCUGGGCUAAAAAGCACUUUUAAAGGAGGGUCUGAAUUGAAUAUGCUUUUUGUCUAGGAAAUUCUUAACCGUCUGUACAAAACACCACAUUGUGACAGGUCCUACUUCAUUGCACUACUGUAUAUACUGUCUGCCAAUAGGUGCCUUUUUAGAGGCAUUGUAUAACCUCCCUGGUCUUUGGUUGAAUCUGUGUUUGAAAUUCACUGCUUUUCUGAGGGUCCUUAGAUAUGUGUGGGGUACAUAGAUGAGGUAGUCAUUCAAAAAUGAUGUUGAACACUAUUGUACACAGAGUGAGUCCAUGCAACUUAUUAUGUGAUUUGUUAAGCACAUUUUUACUCCUAAACUUAUUUAGGCUUGCCAUAACAAAGGAGUUUAAUACUUACUUAUUCACUCAAGACAUUUCAACAUUUCAUUUUUUAUUAAUUUGUAAAAAUGUCAAAUCAUAAUUACACUUUGACAUUGUUUUUUUUUGUAGGCCAGUGAUGACAACAUAUCUAUAUAAUCCAUUUUAAAUUCAGGCUGUAACACAACAAAAUGUGUAAAAUAUCAAGGUGUGUGAAUACUUUCUGAAGGCACUGUACAUACCAAUGACUAAGCAGCUAAGUUUCUGUUAAUUGUAAACCAUAAUGCACGCAUAUAUACAUCCUUAAUUAAAAUAAACAUUGUGUACAUUUAGGCUA